GCGCAGUGAAACGAAUCAGUGUAAAAUAUCAUCGCUUCUCGUGGAUCCACAUCCUACUAUAGUUUCUCUCCACUCACAAGACGUCCGUAAAGCUCAGAGGAAAAACAGGAUGUUUCCCGUGCUCCGGGAAUACCAGAGUCGACAUCACGUGACGCGGAUUUGUUAGGUUCGCCGCUUGCGCCCCGAUGCUGUUUACAUGGGACUAGCGGUAGACUAGACUACUUUCAAGAUAUUACAGCUGGAAGGCAUUAGUAAGCACCCACCCCAACAGAAGGGCUACACAGAACUCACACGAGAGACUGCUGAAUGUUUUGAUUGAGCAGGCUGACGGCGCUGGCUUGCUUCGCUCCGAUCCUCGCUCGCCUUGCGUGCUAUGGUGGAACACUCGCAGUGCCAGAGACAGAGUCCUUGCUGACGAGACCUCUCACCCUUCACCAUGAUCAUCGAAGAUGUACGUGAACAAUAAUAAACCGGUCAUCAUGGAUGUGGACAGUUCGCGGAGCAUAGUGGAGGACUAUGUCGCUUAUCGCCUGGAAAGAAAUGGCCUGGCUUGGCAAAAUGGACAGAGGGAUGUGACGCCCAACGAAAUUCAGCGAGCAAUGCGGGCGCUGGGCGAUGAGUUCGAAAGCAAGUUUAGUGCUCAGUUCGACGACAUGAUGAGCCAGUUGCAGCUGACUCCAGACACUGCGUAUCAAACGUUCAGGACGAUUGUGACGGAGAUAUUUCACGACGGAGUCAACUGGGGGAGGAUUGUAGCUUUGUUCGGUCUGGCUGGUCGUCUGGCUGUUCUUUCUAGUCAUCAGGAAAUGCCGCGGCUUAUAGAGUCUAUCGUGGACUGGGUCUCAGCAUACGUGGAUACCAAUCUGAAACAGUGGAUUACAGAUCAUGACGGCUGGGCUGGGUUUUUGGAGUUUUAUGCUGGAGGCCCAGAGAAACGUGUGAAAGAAUCCUGGCCGUCUUUAAAGACAAUCUGUGGUUAUGCUGCAGCUGGUCUGGGAAUCUUGACUUUGGGAGCUUUUUUAUCUCAAAAAUCAUAAAGCACAAGCCUGUUGGAUGAAAAGAAAAGUAAGCCCAUGUCUAUUAUCCAGGAAUUUGCGGAACAAAAUAGAAAUAAAAUGACAGUUUUGGACACAUUCAUCAGAUGUCAUGAGGAUGUGCUGCAGAUUUCUGUUGACAAGGCAUCAAGCUACUGCAUCUUGACAGUGGAUGUGAGAAAUUUCAUUCCAGAUGAAUUCUAGCCACGUUUUCAAAAUACGAUGAAGAGUUAUCUUCCCAAGUAAUGUCAGCAUAUAAAUAGUACUCUUAUUAUUUCUCAAAAUAUAAACUGAUUCAAAGAACAGGAGAAACUACACAAUAAUUAUGACGUUGCAAAUCAUUGAAAAAAUGUUGUUUCCAUGCCUCCAAUGCACAUCUACAUUAUGUUUUGAUAGUGCAUAUAUUUUGAGCAUUUCAGAAAUAUUUUUAGGCUACAACCUUUAUUUGUCAUUCUCAAAUUAAAUAAUGACAAAAAAGGGGAUAAUUCCUUGAUUUCAGAAUAGUGGUGAAAAUUAACAUUUUGGUCUUGGAAUAUAAGCUUUAUUGAAAAAUGUCAGAUUGCUGCCUUAAUGUCAAAUUUGGACAGAGAUAAAAUUGGAAGACAGUGGCACAUUCUGAAUUUAUUCAUUUAACAAUCUCAGAAUAUAUUCAAAUACAGCUUCAGUCCAUAGCUCACAUAAGAUUGUUUAAGAUGUUUCUGGGAUGAGUUGGGCUACCUGUCUGCGAAAGACAGGCCUGUUGGUUGACGUUUUGAUGACGGAAAAAAUAUCAUCAGGUGUUCCAGCUGGAGAGCUUGUGAUUUUUCUUGUCUGCUUUCAUGUGGUCAAGAGUUGUGAUACAGUGUCAUUCAGGUUCACAUAAUGUACGAAGGAGGGCAUCUUUUUUUUCCUAAAUUCUCUAUCCUUUGCAAAGCUGUUACCUGGUUUGAGUCGUAAUGACGGUGUAUGUAAAGCAUGCUGCAUUAUAUUGUGGCUGUUUAUGUGUGUUUAGUAAUGUGUGGAGAAGACUUGCUAGCUUUAUUGAUAAGUACCAAGUUUUUGUUCCAUUGCAAGCUGAGACUUCUUGUCAGCGAAGCGAAGCUAAAUGCUUCUGGGUGGUCUUCCUCUGCUUGAUCAUUUAAAAAUCCUUGGGCAUCAGAUGUUUUCGGCAGGAUUUACUGACAAGGAUGACACUGGAGCAAGAAGAAUUUUUUAUCAUCCCAAGAUUGAUGCCCACCAGCUUUAAAAGAAUGAAGUGUGCUGCAGAGUGCUUUUAGUUUAACUCGGUCAAGUGUAACACAACAGCUGAGCAUGGUUUUUUUUGUCCAGCAGUCACACCUUCCAGAACUCUGGAGUACAUUCAGUGCCAGGAAGACAGGUUGCACCAGAUAAUCAAGAAACUUGUGGGCAAGAUUUAAUGUUACAAAUCAAGUUUCAGUACCUUAGACCUUUGAGCAGAGUUAAUGCUGCAUUUAUGUGCAUGCCAUUGGAGUAAUUUGAUUAUACUUACAGACAUAACUUUUCAUUGCUUUUUUGUGGGGAUGGGGGGAUGACUGGAAGAAAGAGAGAAAGGCUUCUAGUCACAAUGCUACUUAAUGUUGUUCUUAUUAUAUUAAACUACCUUUUUAAGAAGAAAUUGUAAGUCUUUAUUUUCAAAUAUUGAAAAAAGGUGAUGAUACUAAUUGUACAUUUAUAUAGAACUCUAUCAUAAUCUUGGGUUAUGCUCCAAGUACUGUUCCAUUAAAAUGAUAAGCAUCAAAUUUUUCAGUAACAAACAAUACAAAUACAGUAAACUCUCCAUUAACCAGAAUUCAAGCAGCUGGCACUCUCAAGCAACUGGCAAAAAAAUAAUAAUAAUAAUUCUAGUGGAAAUGUAAGUUCUGACAUGACGAUCCUGAUGUGAUGACUACCCAGCAAGCUCUGUAUCUCUAUUGUAACAGUUUCAGGUGUGUGGGGUUGGUUUUUUUGUUUUGUUUUUGUUUUUGUUUUUUUUGCUGUUGUUGUUGGGUUGGGUUCUUUUAAAGUUCUUUUAAGUUACCUGAGUUUUAAAAAAUUGUGUUAGUGAAGUUUAUUUAAGUUGAAAAGUUUAUUGACUGCCAUUAGCUAAAAUUGCGCACCGCAUUCACAAAGCUGCUUUUAUAAGAAAGCGGCGUUAUAUUAAGUUUGUCUUUAUUUGUCUUAAUUUGCAUUUAAUUGCUGUAUUUCAAUAACAAUAUCAAGUCAGUACAGAGUUUAUGGUAUGACAUGAUAUGCAGCAUGAGAUAUAGUAUUAGGCCUGUUUUUAAUCAUAAUUCUUAAGCAAAUUAGAAAUAUAUUAAUCUGGCCUAUGCCAAUCCAUAUAGAUGCUGGUUAACUGAGUCUGUUGUAAUAGCAAAGUAUUUUAGCUUCACAGACCUGAAUAAACUAAUUCUUAGAUUCUCACAUAAAUGGUUUAAAGUACAUUUGGAAAGUUUUCUUAUUGUCAUUUUAUUGGUGUUAUAUUAUUGAACUGGCAUAAUGGGUGAUUCUGAAAGGAGCAUUCAAACCCUAUGAUGUCUACUACUUUGUCUCUCAUAAUUCUAUCAAAUGAAAGACAUGGCAAUGUGUAAUAUUAUUCUUGCUUUCAGAAUAGCCUCCUCACAGUAAGCCAGGUUUCUUAUGUAAUUGUUUAGUUUUAUUCCUUAGUGGACAAAUACACCAGAGACAUACAAAUACCUAUAAAAGUACAAUAUUUUACAUUUCACCUUACAGAAAAAAAGAAACAUGUACACGCAAGGCAAUACAGUCACUUCCACCAGCUGAACAAGUCAUCCAACACAGUAUGUACACACUUCCCUGUCAACUUCUCUUUAUCAAAGCACUAUUCUCAAGCCCUGGAGCAGAACAGAACAGCAGCAAGAAGGUAUGCCAAGCUAACAGGAACACCCUCCUCUCAAAGCAAGGAUUCAGUCCAAAGCCCAAAACAGAACACAUGACCACCCAUUCCACCCAGAAGUCAAUUCUUUUCAGUAUCAUUCUAUUUGUGACUCCCUGCCACCAGCUCCAUAACAACACCCCAAUGCACAUCAUUAUUAAUGUGUAAUAUGGUUCUUGAUUUCAACAUACCCUUUACUCAGUAAGCCCUACCAUUUCAUCCCCCAGCUUAAUAUCAAAUUAAUUGAAUGUAGGUGAACAGGUUAAUAUGAUCUCAAUAUAAUUAUUUAUUUCACUUUUUAGACAAAUUAUAUUAAUCCUCAUCCCUUUUUUUUAAGAAUUUGUCAUCAUAACAAAGAAAAGCAGCUCUGCUAACCUAGCUUUGAUAAAAUAUAUCCUCUGAUGUCUGAAACUACUGUGUUGUUGUCUAACUAGUGGUUUUGCUGGCAUUUAAACUGAAGACAGUCUGUACAGGUCUAUGCCUGGUUCAAAAUUAAAACAAAAAAUAUGGAACUGCAAUUGAGUUAUAAGAUGGAGCUGUACUUUCUGACAGGUAACGGAAAUGGUGUUAAAAUAGCGUGCUUUCAUUUAUCACAGUAUUAUGUACAUGCUUGUUUGUUAACUUGUAACAAGAGGCACACACUGAAAGUGUCUGUUUCUGCAAAAGAAUCAUGUAACAGUUGUAAAAAUAAAUAUGCCGAUUUUUUAAUGCUUUUAUGGAUUUUCCUGUACGUAAAACGAUCUUUGUUGUCUUUAAAGUUCUCAUGUAACAUGCUUAUUGUGGAUCUUUUUUUUAUCAGUAUCAGAAAAGCCAGCCUUGUUCUUGACACCUUUGUGCUGUUAUCCUGUAUUAACAGGUAGUGACCAAGUGUCAUAUGUUAAGCUUAAAAUCAACAGGCCAACAGCAGAAACCAGCAUUUAUAAAAAUAGCACUUAACAGUAACUAAAAUGUGCUAAGUAUGCAUACUAAUGUCUUGCUUUAUUUAAUCAACAAUGGAUCAUAACAUUAUCUACUUCUCUGUGGUGAUAUCAAGAUCCUACCUCAUGUUAAGUAUCAGUGAGUACAAAGAAGUACUUAGGUACCUUAGGUAGCUUGGGCUCAGAAAGAUCUGAAUGGCAUACAAAGAUAUGACCAAGAAAAUGUGCUUGAACAGGUGGGUAAGAGUAGGUAGUGGAUUUGUUGUAUAUGGAUGCAUGACUGUAUACGCAGGUGAAUGUAAGAGAGAUUGAAGGAAAAAAUAUUUUUAAAUGGAUAAAUUAUAGGUUUUAAAAAAAUACUUCUGGGAAAUUUUAAAUGUGAGAUUUAAGGAAUAUAAAUCCUUCAGGACAGUCCAACCCACCAAAAACUAAGAGCAGAGAUAUGGCUUGCUGACACACCUUUGAAGAUAGGUGUCUGCAGCACACAACAGAUUUUGUCAGGAGCUCUGAAGUUACUGUCUAAGCAUCCAAAGAAGUUAUACAACCAGCGCAAAAGUCAAGAAGUGUACAUUAUAAGUAGAAAUUGAAGGCAGAUUUACUUUUAGUGUAUAAUGAAGCAAGAUAAUAGCAUGUUUUUAGCAUAAUGAUCUGUUUGCAGAUUGCAUAAAUCACUCUAAUGAGCUGUGUUGUGACAAUCGCUGUGUUGUGCAUUGUCCUAGAUUACCAACAUACCAUUUUUUUAAACAUAGUUAUUUUAUCUAGUUCAUGGGUUUACAGAGCUUUCUUCAUGCUGUAUUUAAUGCUAAGGCAACUGUAAUCAAUUAUUAAAAGUAAAUAUCAUUUUAUUAAUGUAAACUAUAAUGUCAUCUUUUGUUUUUCUUUUCAUUGAUGUGGUUAGAUGUUAAGUGUAACACUGAAUCAUGUUGAUAUACACAUUUUAUUUCUUAAAGUCUGUUUAUAGCAUCUAAAUCAGAUAAAAGUCAAAAAAAGGCCUUCAUUGAUUUAACAUCGACUAUGUGUUAAUUUAAUUUAUGUUGAUUUAAAUUUCUAAUUUAAAAGCAAAAGACAGCCAAUUUCGUUAACAUUGACAGGACACAAUGCCUCAUACUUUGUUCAUCGUAUGAUGUAAUACUCAUGAUCAUAAGGAAAUCUUCAGUUUUUAAUCUUAGUUAUUUUACAUUUUUCUGCAUGAUCCACAUUUUAAUCUUUAAAUGGUUGUCUGCAUUCAUUGGAAACAUUCUGUUACUGUUUGUCAAGUUUGAAACAGUCAGGUAUAUGGGCGUUGUAUGUACAUUGGGAUAACAAAAAAUGAACGAACUUUGCUGAGAAGUGCUAUGAACCAGUAUAUGUUAAUUGUUUGCAUUCAGUGCAUGUGUGAGUUUCUGUAUAUAGAGGCCGCUUUCACAGGAUGCAUGAGACAGACCUGCUAGACCAAGAAUUGAGUGAUAUUACCAGAAUUUUAAGCUUGUUGGAUGUGAUGUGCAUAAUGUUACUAUUUUGCACCAUAUUGAUCAAACUGCUAGAUUAUUUGCACUUUCUAUUAAUUGGAAAUGACUGACAGUGAGAGAAAGAUUAACAACAUGUUGUUGCAUAACACUUCUUGUGUCAGCAAUAUAUUCACAAAUAAGUCUUCUUGCAAAGACAUGUACAGCGAUUUGAAUUUGCAGUUUUUUUUUCCCCCACUUUUUUCAGUCCAAAUAUUCGCCUCAGCUGUAGCCCAUCUGCUAAAAGUACUGGCUAUGAAAACCUGGCAUCAAUUUGCUUAGAAUGUGGUUGGACAGAUAAGCUGUGCCAUGAAAAAGAAUAUGCUGUAUACUCUAUAUGAUUUGCACAUAGCAGUCUGGUUGAACUGUGGGUGAAUAGUGCACUUUGUGAGAAUGGAGAAAGCAUGUUUUCAAAAGUGAAAAUGGGAAUGGAGAUUGAGAAAGUGAGAAUUUAUAUUUGAAAAUUAUUUUUAAUGUGGCAUCUCAUGAUAAAAAAAUCUGCUUGGGCCUUCAUGGCGGUUUGUGUACAUUUGUCGGAAACUUGCAUUACUGAUCAUGUUUUUGUAUUUAUUAUCAAAGGGACCAUCUGCUAAUAGUGGCUCAUAGAUGAUCUGUUUCCACUUGUAUUUUUCACCCAUGUCCAUCUUAUUUUAUGGAAUUCGUUUGUGCGUGUGUAUGUGUGUGAUUUUGUGUAGGUGUGUACAUGUUUUCAAGUUAAAGGAGUUGCCAACAUGUAUAGCGUCAUAAAUAAACGCUCCGUUAGAGAAAACAAACAACUGAAAUCAGGAAAACAAUAGAUAUUUCUUGUUUCUGUUUGUUGUUUUUGUACCAGUAGCAGAUGUCUGUCGGCGCUAUGUGUGUACUUUUUCCAGGGACAGCACUCAUGUUCUGGAUGCUCACCCUGUUCAGUUGUUUUCUUUUUCCAUGCGCGGUGUAAUAGUUUGUAUUAAGCCAGUGGGGCAAAAGUGCUGUGUCUGUAGCCAGCGGUAAUUUUUUUGUUUUCUAGUCCAGACCGAAAGGCUUAUUGCGGGGGAAAGGGUGGAUUGCUGUAGACAGGGAGGAGGGGGUGGUAUACAAUAACACGGAUAUAAAUAGACACCCGUCAUUAUUACCACGGAGUGGCAACUACUGAAGUACUUGGGAACAUAGCUCGACCGACCUAGCAUUUUCAUAUUUAAUGGAGAUUUGAAAGCGAAGCACAACUCGAUAUCUGUCACAGGUGUUCAGGGUCUUUACUGGGUCUCCAGCAUCCCCACCCCCAUCAUGACACACCUGUGUACAGAUACAGGCUACACGUGACACCUGAUGACCCCCGAGUCAUCUCGUGUCCUCAUGCACUAGUCUACUCCGCGAUUUUGUAUUUAUUAUUUUUGAAGUACAUGGCACUCCCAUCCCUCGCUUGCCAUAUCGAAUAAAGCAGAAGUUCCCGUUAUCAUCUUCAGUCACCUGCCAUCUCUAAGCUCGAGCAGUAACAGUUCACUGACCACAGCAGUGUCACACCAGGUCAGCUCCAGAGGUGGUGAGUAGGUCUUGUGUACCUGACCUGAUGGUCAUUUCAAAAUGCUGAGGUCGCCUUCUCUCAGGUGAUGUUCACUUUGCUGUUACCCACCUCCUCCUCAUCAUCAUCAUCCUCUCAACGGUCUCGUUGCGGGCAUUAUCACCGUUGUGAGUUCUGUUCUCGGUACUCGAGCCUCUCAGCCACUGCGCCCCACGUUGUUCGUAGUUUGUCCUACUCUCCUCGUGUCAUCCAUCCUCGUUAUCCUUCUGUUCGUGUUUUCCAUAGGCAGCUUCAAGUUCGUCGUUAAAAGCACCAAAACAAGAUAUGUCUGUUUGUGUGUACAUAGGUGUGCCUUUCAACAUUUUGCGUUUCAGCGACUUGUUACUGAUGUCGAUGUGUUCGUCCUUGCCACGUGACUUGUUAUCUGGUGGUCAGUCGUUGCUAAACAUUCUGGAACUUCUCGCUGGCCUUGUUUCUUUUCUUACCCUCCUUCCUAAAGGCAUACGGUUGUCAUGGGAAGUUCCCCCUUUCCCCUCAUCCCCCUCCCACCAACUCCUGUCUCGUGAUGUGUUCCCUUUUUUUGCUGGGUCAUUACGAAAUGGAGGUUUGGGGUCACGUGAGGGCUCCUAGUGUCGUGCCUGGAGUCUCUUGGGUCUGGUAUCGGGUGUGUGCGUACCCUGACGGUGACGGGUGCAAAAGUACCCUACCUCACUGGGUCCGGAUGGCGAGACGUGCUUGCCUGCCAAUACCAAAGAAAUCUCUCCCACCCCACCUGCCCUUCCUUUCACCCAAAAAAAAUUGAGGUGACUGACCUACCCGUUCAUUGUCAAAAAAGUCUGCCGACACCCGUAUUAUUUUGGUUGCUUAAGUCAGCCGUAGCUUCAGUUACAGUUUGUUUGCCACUAGUACCCGACUGUGUCCGACAUCUGGAUGGAAAAGUUUAGCUUUUUAUGGUCGGAUUGUUGCUGGUUGGUUGUUUUUAUUUGUUAUAAACAUGUUUAUGUGUUACAGAAAGAUUGUUUUAAGAGAGCAGCGGCCGCGUUUCGUGCAGGCGCAGAAUACAGUAACCCACCUAAUCAGAACUAUUAUUUAAUUAUUUUUAUAAUUUUAAUGAAAGGAAGUGUAUAUUUGAAGCAUUUGAAAUCUCCAGAUUAUGUGUUGUUUUUUUUUUAAGAUUGUUGCUUAAAUUUAUGUUAAUUUUACAUAUCAGUUCUUGGCAACAUUUAGUUGUUUUACCUGUAUUUAAAUAAACGUAAAUUCUCUUGCUCAUACUUAUUUUUGUGUUAAGUGUUUAAAGUUGACUUGUGCACUGGUCAGAAUAAAUUUUUGCAAUGAGCA